CAGCGCUCAUACAGUAAAUAUUUGUGUUUGCUCAACCGGCUGUAAUGGUGGACGACUGAAAGAGAAAAGCCGAGAGACUACAUCUCAAAAAUACCAUCCCGGGUGAAACGCUAUUGCUCGUGGCUCGGAAACAAACAACGGCGAAUAUGGAUGAACUUAAGCACCAAGUUAUGAUAAACCAGUUCGUCUUGACAGCUGGAUGUGCCGCAGACCAGGCGAAACAGCUUUUGCAAGCGGCACAUUGGCAGUUUGAGACAGCCCUUAGUGCCUUUUUUCAAGAGACAAAUAUUCCUUACGGUCACCAUCAUCAAAUGAUGUGUACUCCCGCCAACACACCGGCAACGCCACCAAACUUCCCCGACGCCCUCACCAUGUUCUCUCGACUCAAAGCCUCGGAGAGCUUCAACAGCAGCAGCAGUCCCAGCAUGGCCACCUCACCCCCUCCACCUCCGGUCAGCUGGGGCAUGACCCCACCUGUGCCCAACCAGCAGGGCUUUGGACUCAGGGGACUUCCCACCAACAAGCCCACCCUCCCCCAGGCUGGCCCUCAGCUGUCAAUCAGCAAGCAGCAACCGAACAGAAGGCCAGCGUCGCCAUGGAUGCCGAAAGAUGAGGGCCAGGACUACACGGCCCCCUUCUCUCCCUGGGAGGAGAGAGUUUAGAGAGGGUUGGUGAGGGUCAGGGGCACUCGUUUUUCUCUCUCACUCACCAAACACGGAGGGGGGAGAGAGCUACACCAAGAAUAACUAAGCAACAUGGACAUUUUCAGAAGAGGAUAGAAAGCCAACACAAAGUUAACAAGAAAGGAAACAUACGCACAUUGUAUUGCGAAGAAAGAGAGCAACUGAAAUUUACUGAAGUUUGGUUUUCUAUAAUAAAAAAAAUAGUUUAACAUAUAUGGGACUAUGAUCAUGGAUUAUUUCUGCUAUUUUCUGACUGAUGGACGUCUAGCACCCAAGGCAGUAACUUUUCUCACGUUACUUUUUAUUCUUUCAUCUGGUGUUCUUUCUUUAUGCAAGACCUGUCAUUCAUUACGAGAGUUGACGUUGCAUGUGGAUUAGCGGUUUCUAACUAAAUAGUAUUCAUCACAAGCAUUCACACGUACGGUGUGUGACGCUUGUGCACUCUGAAACAUCAAGUCUGUCUGAUUUACAUUUCCUCUUCCCAUUGAAUAAUGGGACUUUUCGUACCUCACUGGUAACAUGACUCAACCAAUCAGGGAAUCUCACUAGGAUAGUUUUUCGAAUUGGAUUUUACAUACACGCUUUGCAUUAUCCAUUACGCAGUAACUCACUGUUUUUAAAGAUUGUAAGGUUUGGCCUGAAAACUGAUUCUGUUUUCUGGAUUGACAGAACAAUUUGGAUAUUUUAUAAUGUUGAAGGUUUUAUUUCAACGUUUUGGGGAGGGGGCAUGGGGGAUGCAAGCUGGUUAGCUGUAUAGGGUUGUUUAAUCAGAUGCUAAAAGUUACAUUAAACCAGACUACUAUACAUGUUUGUAAGCAGACUUGCCACUUUGCAUGAUGUAUUCUUAUGUAUAUCAUAUGUUGUAGUUUCUUGCUUUUGGGGGAAAAUUCUACAUGAACACUUUAUGGGAAUUCUGUCUCAUUAUCAGUUAUAGACGGAGCGAGCGAUCUUUUAAUUCAUGGCAAGCCCUGCAUCUGCUUUUCUAUUGCCAUUUAUUUAAAAAGGAUAGAUUGGAAAUGCAUAUUUUAAUGUCAAAUUAUUGUUUUUUUCGGAUGAAAACAACAUUUGUCAAGAAGCAAUGCUAUCAGUAACCUUAAAUUGUAGUUUUUAUUUUUCGUUUACACCAAUUUCUGAUGAAACUUGUCUCUUGGGGUCACAUGUUCCUUAAUGGUUUUUCAUGUAUGUUUUCCCUUGUUUGACUGUAUUGAUACCAUUCCCACAAUAUUUGUGGACUACCUGAUAAUUAACUUAUCAUUGUUUGUGUUCCUAAAUAAAUAUUGUAUGUCCUA